AUGGAGAGAUCUUUGUCGACGGACGUGUUGGUGGAAAUCCUGCGGCGGCUCCCGCCGAGCGCCCGUCGCCGUGCACGCCUCGUCUGCAAGCUCUGGCGCAACAUCGUCGGCGAACGCACCACGGAGAUGCAGAGCCGCGCCAAGCCCCUCCUCUGGAACACACGCUCCGCUGUGGCCUACGUGGUGGACGACGUCUCGCCAUCUUCAACGGGGAGCUGCAGGCAGCUAUGGCGGACGGUGUGUUCCGACCUGCAGCUGGUCGGCUCGUGUAACGGUCUGCUCUGCCUGUGCGACAACUACAGCAGCGGGAACAAGACGAGCGGUGAUGUCACCCUGGUGAACCCGACCACUAGGGAGACUCUGGCCGUCCCGGCGCUGCCGUGCGCUCGACACUUCGUUGGACACCCGGGGCACGCGACGAGGUGGGACAAGGCGUACAGCUUUGGGUACCAUCCGACGUCGGGACAGUACAAGGUGGUGCACGUUCCGUGCAGCUUCGACCGGGUCUGCGAGUUCGACACCUUGUACGUGCUCACGCUCAGGGUGGGGAUGGAGGCAGUGUGGCGGGAGGUGCUGCUGCCCCCCCGAGGCACGAGGUGCAACCUCGACGCCGGUGUCGUGUGCGUCGAUGGCGUGACACACUGGGUCACGGAUGGUGGCGCCGCCAGGGUCGUCUCUUUCGACCUCGACGACGAGCGGGUCACCUUGUCCACCACGCCGUUGCCCGCUCUGUCGGAUGACUACAACCUGACCGUGGUGCACGGGAGGCUGGGACUCGUCGUCCGCAACCCCUCGGGGACGAGGGACGCGUGGGUUCUGCAGGAGGUUAAUCUUGACAAUGUUUUGGAGUGA